GAAGAUAUUUUUUUCCCCAGCAGCGGUUAUUGCAGAGUACAGUCAUGGUGUCCUGUGCUGUCUUUCUUUUCUGGAUCCACGUUCUGACUGAAGGCUCCAGGGGAGAGGAGCUGCCCCGGGAGGAUGUGCUGGCCUGGUUCAGACAGCGAGUUCUGGACGGCCUCGGGCUGGAAGGACCUCCUCUGCCGGGUCCUGAUGGGGACGUGGCGCCGGCGGGGUCGAGGCACCUCCAUCAGAGGGCCCCCAGGAUGAGCAGAACGACGUGGGUCAGUCAUGAAACCCGUCCGGAUCAGGAGGCAUCCCAAAUGAUUCUGUUCCCCGGAUCUGACUCCAGCUGUGCCACAUCCUCUCCAGGGGAAACCACAAACACACACUUCACGUAUCACUUCCAGCCUUCCAUCGACAUCCAUGCCACUGUGGCCACAUCUGCUCACCUCUGGUUCCACGCAGGAGAAGCGUCCACAGCCAACUCCUCCUCCCCGCUGUUCAUGCUCACUUCCUCCCAGCAGCUCCUUCAGGCAGCAGCGGCUCCAUCGGCCAUCAGCCCUGACGGAUGGUUCACCUACCAGCUGGAUCGCAGCCUGCUGACCCCGGUGGCUGAAGGUCCGUUCCUGCUGCAGGUCCACUGUGCGGCCUGCCGGUGUCAAGACGACCAACCAGACAAGACGCCCUUCCUCCACAUCCACAUCCGGCCUCGCGGCCCGGUCCGCUCACCCCGCCGAGCAGCAGCCACCAUCCCCUGGUCUCCUUCUGCCGUCUACCUUCUGCAGCGGCCCUCCCAGGAGAGACCCGAGCACAGCGACUGCCAGCGAGCGCAGAUCGAAAUCAGCUUCGAGGAGUUGGGCUGGGACAGCUGGAUCGUCCACCCCAAGGUGCUGACUUUCUACUACUGUCACGGGAACUGCUCGGCCGAGGGUCGAACCACGGCGAUGCUGGGGAUCAGUCAGUGCUGCGCUCCGGUCCCGGGCACCAUGAAGUCCCUAAAGAUCACCACGACGUCUGACGGCGGCUACUCCUUCAAGUAUGAGACCCUGCCCAAUAUUAUACCUGAAGAGUGCACCUGUAUCUGAUCUGAGAGUUUCAGAAUUCACCUUUCAGCUGGUGCUUAUUCCAGACGAUAAAUCACUCUGUAGUGUACUGGUUUUUAUGUUGUAUUUGAUUUACUCUGCAGUUAGAAUUCAAAAAAAAUGGCUGUCAAUAAAACAUCCUUUGAAAAAUACAUUGAAAUUAAAGGAUCUCAUACAGAUAGAACAGCUACCAGCUAAUUUCUUCCUCUGCAUUGCAACAAAUCAAGCAGCACUAACCAUAUUGUACUGUACUUUGUCACUUUUCCAGUAUAUGAACAAAACCCCAGUUAGAUUUAUGCAGUGUAGAAUGGAGACUCGCAUUUUUUACGUAGCUAUUGUGCUAUUUCACCAUGCAGAUCUGUUUUUGGUUGUAAGAUUUGACCUUUCAUCACCAAAAAGAUGAAAACUGUCCGCAGCAGAAAAUCCCAGACAAGUGGAACAUUGUUUCUAGGUCUGAUAAACACCAAAAAAGACCUGAUAAUCAUGAAAGGAUUCUGUUGUAUGGCUGCCAAAGAUUUAGAGGUGGAUACAAAAAUCUCAGCACAUGCAAUCAAGUUGUUUCGCUUUUUGCAGUUUUAACACUUGCCCAGUAGAUUUCUUACAAUAAGGUAAUGAUUUUUUUUUGUAUUACAAUUUUAUGCUUAAAUAUGCCAAUCGGGCAUUAAAUAUCUGAAAAGGUACUAAUUUGCAUUGAUUUCUAGAAGAGUUUAUAGACAUAAUAAUGUCAAAGGUUCUCCCAUUGGGAAUGUUGGAUGUCUCUUGAAAUCCAAAAAUAUUGUCAGCAGCCCAAAAAUAAAUCCAGUUUGGUAUUCAGGAAUAACAUGUUCUAUAAGUCAGGCUAUAAAUGACACAUAAAGUCACUCAGAAAACCCACAGAAUGUAGAUAAGAAUGAAACUUGAAAUUUUAGUCUGUUUAGGUUCUAAUGAAAAUUUUUGGCGAAAGAAACUUAUUUUGAAAGAGGUGAAUUUCCACACAUUCUCACUUUAAAUUGUUGGAUUCAUAAAUACACAAAUAAAGAUAUCAUCAUGAGGUUUCUCCAGUAAAAGCAAUUUUUUUGUAUUUCAUUUUCUUUCUGUAUUUUCGACGGAUGGAAAAUAGCCCAAAAUCUCAAUACUGUCCAAUGCAUGAAUAAAUCCUAGCCUGUUUUGUCUUUCUUUCAGGUUCUUUUAACUGAUAAAGUGUCACUUUUCAUAUCACACAAUUAUCUCACUAAGUCUUAUCAAAGUUUGCUUCUGUGUCGUUGCUUAAUAAACUCCAAUAAAUAGAUAAAACCAGUAUUUUAUCAUCUUUCCUUGGUGUUUUUCUUCCUCUCCUGCCCUUUAGAGGGCGCUGUAGCCUACUUUAAACCUGAAACACUUCACAGCUGAACCUUCAAACUGUCUGAAGUCCGAGUAAAGUGAAAUGCG